AGAGAAAAGGCUGAAUCAACAUCAUAUGACUUUUAAACUUUUGCAUUGAAAAGAAAAUGAAACAAGCAAAUACAAGUGUCUUCGGUAUAUUAUCCCUGACAAUUAGAUUUAUGUCAAAUUAUCUUCUGUUCGUUAUUUUACUCAGCUAACUGGAACUUUGAUUAAAUCCAGUUUACCUCUUGUAUUUCAGGUGAAUGCAAAUGCCUCCCUAACUAUGUCCUUAGCACAGACUUCUUACUGCAAGCAGCAUGGUUAUGAUCCUCAAAGUCCUCUAUGUGCCCAUGUGAUCUUCUUUGGCAUAGUUGAGACGCCUUCAGCCUUCUUCCUCAUCCCCGACUGGCCUGCAACCUUGCGAGAAAAAUGAAGCUGAAAGGAAUACUUACCAAUGCCAUCCUGCAGGCUUUGCUCCCAAUUACAGAUGCUGAUGCACUAGGAUUAACAGAUCCAAAGCUCUGCUACAUUCUGGAUGGCAUUCUUUUAAUAUAUGCUAUAAUUAUCACAGCCCUUUUUAUGAAAGUAAAGUUAGGCAAUCGCCCUACUGAAUCCAAACCUUCUCAAAAUGCAAAUGACAUAUAUAAUAAACUAUCUUCUGGACACAGAGAUGAAUAUGAUAUGCUGGGAGUAAAAAAACCAGAUGCAGACGUUGAAAUGGCUGGGGAAAACCAGCGCAGAAGAAAGAAACCUCAGGACAAAGUUUACACUUCCCUGCAGCGGGAUAAGAUGGGUGAAGCAUAUAGCGAAAUCGGAAAGAAAGGAGAGAAGCAUGGUGGCAAAAGAAAUGAUAUUCUUUAUCAGGGGCUCAGUCCAGCAACAAAGGACACCUACGAUGUCCUUCGAAUGCAGCCAAUUAGCUACAACUGAAUCUAAAAAGCAAGGAAAAAGGACAUUCUUUAUGAGGGAAUGGUGGCAACCAAAGAGGGCGGUUCAUUUCAGCGAAGCCAUUGCCUUCUGUGAAGAAUGCCACUGUAUAGUCAUCAAAACCCAUGUUCCAUCCAGGGUUUUUUUUGGGGUUAAUGUACAUAAGUGUAAAGACUCUGCUCAAUGUACAGUUGCUCCAAUUUAGGAGCAGAAUUUGUGAUUGCUAUUUCACUGCAUAGCUAAAUAGGAAAAAUAUUUUUCAUCUCAGGUGAAAGAUGCUUCCUUCUGUACCAUCAGGCAUUUAGAUACCAGCAGAUUUCCUUUCUCUAUAGAUGUUUUGUAAGGUGUUCUUAUUUGAAGGUAGCUGGGGAACUUUUUGGGGAGUGGGAAGAGAAUAUAUUGUGGAAAUGCAUCCUGUCUCUGAAUAAACGCAACCUUUCCCCACUCCCAAGGAAUCUGGAUUACAACCUCUAUCAGUCCUACCAGCAGGGCUGGUGAUAAAGGAUUACAAGGAUUGUUGUCAAAACUUUUCCAACCGAUAACUUCCAAAUAGUUAGGUAGUUAGUUUGGGACUUUACUGAAGGUAAACACCUUUUUAUGUUUAAGAAGGCAGUGAAAAAGAAACUUGUUCAGACGGUGCUUUGAAUUUCAGGGUAUGAGAAAACUUAAAGUUCUGUCCAUGUGCUUGGAUAAUUUCCCACAAAUUGUAAUUUGCUUUAGCAUCAUAAAGCUAACGGCCUUAACUAUUAGGUUUGGGUGAAAUCAAAGCAAAAUAAAAUAACUGGAAAUAUGAGCACAUUUACUAAAGCAAUCACAAUUGGCUUUGGCUUACAAUUAGGAGUUCUGUUGAAGAAUAAAAGUCUUACUUUUGAAUAUUUCAAGAUUUUUUGGAUGUCACUAAACAGUAAUCAUGAAAUGGUCUUUGCUAUGAGGAAGUGGACCAGUACAAUCUCUUUCCAUGAAUAAAAUAAUGGAUAAUUAUAUUGUCUGCUGCCUCAUUAUGUACGCUCUUCCUAGCGGCUAUAUCUUAUACUUCAACCUGUAUUAACUACAGCAAAUACAGAAGCUUACAACUUGACCAGAAUUCAUUAACCAGCUUUUGAUUAGUACUGAUCAGAUUUAAAGGAUGCUAGUAAAACUAUGAACUAUAGUUAAGGCCUGCAAGGAAAGAAAACAAAGAAUUUGCUUGAGAGAUUGCAUCCUUUCAUCAUCUUUAGCCCAGUCCACAAAAACCUCUGGAGUUUGUGGGCACAUUUUGAAUUUAGAGACCGUA